AUGCUCAGCAAAGACAUUACAGCCCACACGACUGCAGCUACGGAAUCUCAGCCUCCCGCUAUAAAGAACGACAUUGGGGACGAUGCGCCUCUCUCGAUCGACUCGUUCAUCAUGGACGCGACAGAUCCAGUGGGCGAUUCGGAGAGCGUGGUGCGAGACAACCAUCAAAGGACUACGGAGAAACUAGAGGAUUCUCUCACGAAUGACAAAUCCGAGCUUUCCCAUGUUUAUUUCGUGUCCGAUUCGAUCCUGCAUGACGCUCCAGCGAAUCUCGCGACCACGUACAAGGUUAUCGGCUCGAUACAUAUCGAAUCUCGAAUAUUCCGAAAUCAUUCUCAUGUCGUCGAGAGGCCUUGA